AUGGCUGCCGUACUCGGCAAACGCAAGUCGCGCGCGCAGAAAACCGAACCCUCGUUAUCCCAAGAAGAAGCUCAAGCUAUCUUCCGCCAGCAUUUUGAAGCCCAGUUUGCGCCGCUAGAUCCGUCACUUACCCCCUCAAAGCCGACACAUAUUGAUGAACCCGAAGAUCUGCGCUCCGACUCAGACGAUGCCUCUGAGGACUCUUGGGACGGUGUAUCCGACUCCGAGUCGGAGUUAGAAUUAGAUUCAGAUUCCACACCACAUAGCUCAUCGACAGUCGAGGUCGUUGAAGUAGUCACCCACACGAGCAAGCUCCCAGCGCUCUCCACCGAUCCGCUCUCUAAGCGCGAGAGCAAAGCAUACCUAUCCUCGCGUGUUCCUUCCUCGUCUCUAGACCCAAACGCAUCCUCUUCCACUCCGGCGACAAAGCACAAAAACGCCGCGGACGAAGAUGCUCCUUCGCUUAUAAAGAACGACCUGGCGCUACAACGUCUGUUAUCCGAAUCGCACCUCCUCUCCGGGUCGGGCCAGAACAACGGCAGCAUAGAGCAUGCGGGUCGCAACCGCCAUCUAGCCACAGACAUGCGGCUAGCCGCGCUUGGAUCCAAGUCGAGCAUCUUCAAACAGGCCAAGAUGCCCAUGUCGCAUCGGAAAGGUAUCGUAGCUGCCGUGACGACGCGCGAGACCAAGAGGCGCAAGGAGGCUCGCGAGAACGGCAUCAUCCUUGAGCGGCCUUCGAGUACGGCCGCAAAAGGGAAGCCCAGAGUUAGAAAGUUUGAGAAGGCCGUCGAUGCUCCCGCGGUGGGGAAGCUGAGGAACGGCAUGCUGAAACUGAGCCAGAAGGAUAUUGCUGAGAUCCAAGGAGUUGACAGGAGAUCUGGGGGUAGAAGUGGUGGGAAGAGGAGACGAAGGUGA